AUGAAUUUCUCAUUUUGCCAGUCUCUCUUCAGCCCAACAAUGCAAAGCUCUGCCAUUGUCAACUACCAUCCUUUACAAACCGUUUCCGUCUUCUGUAGGCCAGAGACGUCUGAAACAAUCGAAACGCCAUGCCUUUACAAGCCUCUCGGUGCUUCUUCUUCUCACUUCUCUUCUUGUUCCUCAACGAUAGCCCCUACCCAUUUCUACAGGCAAAACUAUCUACCCAUUUACGCUGAUAUCUCCGGCGUUUUUUCAUCACUUAAUGCCCUUGAUAAGAUUCAUGAAACUGAACUUGAAACCAUAAUGGAAACUCGUCCAGAAACGCCUCCAGUUCUCGACGGAAUAGCUGCUGUGGUUGGCCAACACGUUCUCUUUGGUAACAAAGCCAACCCCACCGCUCCCACCACCACAACCGAACUCAGCAAUAGUAUAAUUCUAUCGGAUGCUAACAGUAGUAAACUAGAAGCUCCAGGUUUCGUUUCCGCGUCUCAACGUUUCGGGUCUAACAAGAGAAACGUCAGUCCUGCUGUUGCUGUUUCAGUGCAGAAAAGCUACAGAGGGGUACGAAAGAGGCCAUGGGGAAGGUGGUCAGCGGAAAUACGUGACCGUAUUGGGCGGUGCCGGCACUGGCUAGGCACGUUCGACACGGCUGAGGAGGCUGCGCGUGCAUAUGACGCCGCGGCCAGGCGGCUGAGAGGGUCAAAAGCCAAGACCAACUUUGAAAUUCCAUCGGUUUUGCCUCUCGCAUCACCCUCUACUUCAUCUUCAUCGUCGGAGGCAAAGAAGAAGGUCAAAUGUAAAGUGAAAACUGAGAGGAAAUGCGCAGUGGUUACCUCCGUGGCUCAUUUGUUCAGUCCAAGUAGCUUUGGUGGCAGUGAAGGGAAAGGGAAUGUGGAGUUGGAGUUGAAAUUGGGUGUGGGACUUAAUAGCAAGGGUGCUGCAUCAAAUACUAGUUUAGUGAAAAAGUCAAUUCCUCUCUGUUAGUAGUUUCUUUUGACCUUUUUGGUUUUAACUUUCUUUUUUGAGGCUUCUAGCAACUAAAAAUCAUGGUGUGGGAAGAAACUUUUUGUUUUGCAUGUGCAUGGAAGCAAAGGAAAAGUGCUUCUCUCUGGGCUGUAAGUAGUCUAAAUCUAGGAAGAUAUAUAUGAAUACAUGGAAAGAAACUGAAAAAUAUUAUGGUAAAUUAAUCUU